UUACUGUAGCCAUCAGUCUUAAAUAAAUGUUCUUUCUGUGCGCUCCAAUUGAUUGCAAUCUAAUCAUUCUCGGAAUUUACUUUCCUUGCUCAAUUGUUGAUAAUUAUUUUCUGCCUAGACUUGAAAAUCGUUUAACAUCUUGAUGGUGGAAAAAAGCUUGAAAAAGCUGAAUUCAUUAUAUUUUUGAGAUUCUAAUAAAUGUAGUUUAUGAUUUGUGAUUCUAUCAUAAUGGUUCGGAUUUUACUAACGACUACUAUUAUCUGUUUGAUAUUUCUAUUAACAUCGGCUCGUGAUCUUGAUUAUGAUCAUAAAGUGACUGAAAAACAUAGUCUUGUGCGACGUCAUGUAAACAGUGAAUACACAACAAUUGUCAAUUUCUGGCAUGAUCACAAAAAAGAGCUCGUUUUGACCGGGCAACAUGAAGAAAUAGUCUUGGUGAUGGGAAACACUGGCUCUGGAAAAACAACGCUGGUAUCUGCUCUAGUUGGACAUAAAUUGAGAGCUAUUAACCAAAAUGGAUAUCGCGUAAUCGUCGACGAUGAAGAUAGAAUUGGAACGGGUUCAUCGUCCAAAACUCUAAUUCCUGAAACAAUGAUUGAUAUAAAAAACCAAAUAACUUACAUAGACUGUGCAGGCUUUCGUGAUAAUCGAAAUCUUGAAUAUGAAAUAUCUUCAAUAUAUUUUCAAAAUAUUCUUAUGAAUCAGGUUAAAAAAGUAAAAUUCAUCUUUGUAAUAAAUUACGAUUCGCUCAAGAAUAAUGGAAACAAAAAUGAUUUCGACGAUUUAUUUGAACAUAUUGGUGAAUUUAUUAAAAAUAUUACUAAAUUCCAUGACGGAAUAGCACUGGUGGCUACAAAAGUUGAAAACAUGUACGAUCAGUCUGAUGAUGGUACGUUUUAUUUGGUCAAUGAUAAUCAAUCUGUUUUAGAAGGUAUUGGUAAUUAUUUAAAAGACAAAAGAGAUACAUAUAGCAAAAAAAUAGAUAACAUUGAGAAGUAUAAAAUGUUUGUGAACCUGAUCGAUGUUUUAUUACAAAAAAACAACAACAAUUCUUAUACAAAACUUGCAAUUUUUCGACAGCCUGCUGGUCAAGGGUUAUUGACUAAGCUUAAAGCAACUAACAAUGAAAUUAAUGCAAUUAUUAAAAUGACACAAGAAAAUCUAAACUUUGUUGAGAAAAACAAAGACGAUUUCGGUUUUGCAUUAUCCAAAGCUUCAAAAACUAUUGUUGACCGAAUAGUCAGUGAUAUAUUCCGAGACGCAUUAACGAAUCACUUAUACAAAUUAGGCAAUGACACUCUUACACACUAUGUACAGUUAGAGAAGCAAUAUUAUGAUAUUGAAAUGUUACGUGAUCAAAUUUCAACUGCUUUUGAUGUUGUUUCUAAAAUAAAAAGCGGAAAUGAACCGCUCGAACUUUUUCAAAAUGUUCUUAAUGCAACCAAAUAUUUGAAUAUUUCUGUAUCGUUAACAAAUUUAGACAUCAUUUACGAAGAUAUAAAUGCGUUGAAUUUUUUUACAACAGUGUCAGAUAGCAACGCAGAUUUAUACAUGCUGGUAUUAAAAAUUGAAGUGGAAGGUAUUGUUGAAUCAAUAGAAAAUAUGAACAAAAUCUAUGAGUUUUUAAAUAACUUGCAAACAAAUUUAGCUUCCUAUAGUGCUCAAAAAUUGAAACAAGAUAACCGUAUAGCGUAUAUAAUGAGAUCAUGCGAAAGCUCAAAAAGUAAAUCACUUAAAGAUGUUGGGGAUUUAGAAAAUAUAGUGAAAGAAAUUGGCACUGAACCAAUUUAUAGAAAAAUCAGAAGAUUGAUAAUGAAUCAAUUUCAAUUGAAACAUUUAAAGUCUAUUUUUAGGGCGUUUUUAAGUGAACUUGAGUUUUCAUGUCCAUCUCCAACAAAGCCGAUGAUAGUCAAGGGAUACAAUGUUAGAAUGAGUGAUGUGGUUAAAAUUGAAUGCUGGUCGCAAGCAACAAACGUACAGAUCUUUGCAUUAAACAAAAUUUUUCUGGAUUCCACGAUAGACAAAUCAGGAAAAGAUCCUCAAUUUUUCAUUAUUGCGCCCACAUGGGAAGUCUUUGGUAAACAGAGAAUAGUUUUGGAUGGGAAACCAGGAAUUUCACAUGAAAAAAGUCGUGCGAAAUCAUCUUCUUUUAAUUCGGAAAAUGGUGCGGAUGGUUUGCCAGGACUUCCAGGUGACCCAGGUGGGCAUUUCUUCGGUCUCGGUAAAGAAUUCAUAAAUAUUGAGUACUUGGAGGUUCAAUCAAACGGAGGCAAAGGGGGACCAGGACAAGAUGGUGGAAAUGGUGCAAAUGGAAUUAAAGGCAAGGAGGUACCAAACUCAUUCUUCAAUUUCAAGGGAGAUUUCGCAGAAAUGAGAAAUUACUUGAAUGAAAAUAAUUACCGCUUUACAAAUAGGUCUGCUACUGUUAUAAGUCCUCCCAUCUCUCAUGUAGCUAUGCAUCAUUUUACUGUUUCACCAAAACCGCCAACGAAGCCUACUGAUGGAGGGAAUGGAGGUGUUGGUGGAAGAGGAGGAUACCCUGGUAAUGUUUUAAUUAAUGGUUUUGGCAAAGCCGUUAAUGUGAAAAUAUCAAAUAAUACAGGUCCUCUCGGAGCAGAAGGUCAAGGUGGUCCUGGUGGCGAAAAAACAUCGGAAGGAAGAACAGUGGAAUAUUAUUACCAAAUUUUUUUUGGAUUUACUAAGAGUACAAGCUUUCUAGAUAUCAAAUGGAAGGAUGGCGAUACAGUUCCAGCUGGAAACUAUGGAAAACCCGGAAUCAAUAAGAAUGGCGAAAAAUCACGAUCAAAUACUCUUAUGGCGAAUCCAUACCUGGCAAUUAAUGCUUUUAAGAACUUUUUGAGAAUGAAUUUAUUUGAAAAUAUAAAGGAAUCAGAAUUGAGAGCCUUCAUAGAAAAUAUCGAUAAUGAUGACUACAUCAGAGCACAAUAUAAUACGCUUGCCUUUGUUAAGGAAUACGAAGGAUUAGAGAGUCAAUUCUUCCAAUUAAGAAAUAAAAUUGAUUUAGUCCCGUUUUACAAUUCCUUACUUCAUCGCAUUGAGAAAUUCGCUAAAUCUGAGAACAAUACACAACAAAAAAAAGUUCUCAGUUACGUAUACACUGCUGCCUUAACCAAAGUCUUUACAUUAAAAGAAAAACGCCAAAGCAAGACAGUAGUUAAUUUGCCUCUAUACUUGAGCACUAUUGAAUCCAAUGUUAAGGAAAUUCGUGAAAAUCAGCAAUUAGAAAUUGUUCAAAAUUAUCGUAACGAUUACGAAAAUAACUUGCGUAGUAAAAUUCAAGAGGCAAAUGAUUUUAUUGAAAAUAAAAUUGAACCUGAAAUUAAUAGUCUUUUGGAAGAAUCGGAUAGUAAAAUAAAAGCGAUAAUUGAUGAAAUAGAAGAAAAAAGAAAUUCUACCGAAAAAGCAAUAGUAGCCCUGGAGAAGAACAGAGCAGAAAUUCGUAAAUUGAUGCUAGUUCGUUCCGUGCUUCUACCACUUAAACUUGCUGCUUCUACUCUAAGCUUUUUCGGACCUGUUGGUGCUAUGGUGGGUGUGGCAGUUACAAGUGUAUCUGGAAUAGCUGAUGGAAUGCUUGUUAAUCCGAGUUCGGGUUCAGCUCCAGUUAAAAUUCCCACAAUUGAUCCGAAUCUGAGGUUAAUGUAUCGAGUUACAGAAGUUUUGAAUAACAAACCCAAAUUAGUAGCUGAAAAGCUUUUAGAUGUGGUUGAGAAAUUAGAAAAAAACCGAGAAGAUUUAUCAAUUUCACAAAGGGAUAAAAUUCAAAUUUCUGAAAAAAUUGGACAGCUAAAAGCACAAAUUGAAAAAGUGCAAAAUAGAAAAGCAAAUAGCAUUUCAGAUAUAGAGGUUAGGGAAAUAGAUUUAAAAAGAAUUCAAAAUGAAAUAAAUGAUUUCACGAAUUCAAGAAAAGAUAUUAUAGAAAAAGAAAAAAAAAUAUUAGAUGGACUCAAACCAGAAGAGAAGAAUGAAGAAAAAAUAAAAAGAGAAUUAAAACUUGAAAGAUCUAUUCGUCGUAUCAAUAAUUUUCAAUCUGUUUUGAAUAGCGUGGAAAUUGUUUUUAAUAUUAUUCAAAAAUUAAAAAAUGACGAAGGAAUGAUAAGUAAAAUUAAUAGUCAAAUUUCAGAUUAUAGCAGUCAACUGAGAGACUUGGAUAAAUUAGAAGGCCAAGUGUAUGACGUUGUAAUGCCGGAUCUUCGACAAAUAGAACAAACUGUCAAUGAGAUUGUGGCUUCGGUAAACGGAUCUUCAGGUGCCAAAUUGGAUCUUACUAAAUGGACUGUUAAAAAAACUCUAAAGGAUGUUAAAUCAUUAUUACAAAAGUUCACCCACAAAAUGAGUUUCGAACUCCAGAGUGAUUUAAUGCGUUACAUAGAGAAGAUUGAGGAAGGAUUUUCCAUUCUAAUCGACAUUUAUGAUCGCAUCGAUUCUUACUCGGACAGUGUAAAACAAGCCGAGUAUAUGGCUCACAUUGUUUCAGCACCAAUGAUGAGCAUAAAAGUUACUAAUACUGAACUAAGCCAUGCACUUGUUAACCUUAAACUUUUAAUACAAUCGAAUUUAUUGUUUGAAAAAUACAGCAUAGCAUUACAAGCAUUCAAACAACAUUAUUUUCCAUUUGCUGCUCAAGUUUGGAAGAAAUUUCAACUGCCAAAAAGUUUGCAGGUGAAUGACGUUGAAACAUUAAGGUCAAAUAUUAUUGAGAGAAUUACAGAUAUGAAAAAUCAUAUAAAUGAACAUAAAUCGACACUAAGCGAAUAUAGCAAAUUCACUCACAAUAAUAAUAUAUUCAACAGCAAUACUACUGGAUCCUCACCAUUUUAUGUAUGGAAACAUGACACAAUUAACAAUGAACUUCAACGGUUACUCAAUGGAUCUGAGAUUUUUAUAAAAGCAGAUAUAUCUAAAGGACUGAAUUACAAUUCGAUUAAGUUCAGUGAUAUUGGAUUAAACUUUAAAUUAAUAAAUAAAAGUUUGCAGAAUAGUUUUAACUCUGUAAUUGAAAACUUUGCACUGACUAUGACUUCAGUUGGUAAUAAUUACUAUCGAUGUGGUGAACGAUAUUAUUUCAUAUCGUUUGAUGAUGAUAUCACAAUAUCUUACACACUUCAGAAGGACCAUACGAAAAAUUGGGUCAAUCCUAACGUUGUUUAUAAUACUAUUCGAGAAAGUCACACCUUCCUUAGUCCAUACGGACUGUGGAAUAUAAAACUUAAAAGUGUUAUAAAAUCUUUUUCUUUCAAUCAGUUGAAGAUUUUCGCAAAUGAAUCGAUUGACUUGGAGCUGAUUGGCCGUGGUUAUUACAUUGAACAGGAUCCUGAUUUCAACUUUAACAUUUGCGAUCAAUAUUUGGAUACAUUUUACAGUGUAGAUAAUAUGGCCAAAGAACUUUCAUGAGUUAAGUUACUUUAAAAAAAUUGUUGGCUUUUUUAAAUUGAUCUUCAUUAUAUGUUUAUAAAUUAUAACGAAAGAAUAAAAAGAAAUCGGGCCAAUUUUUAUUU